AUGAUGACUUGGAUGAAUAAAACGUUUAGAUCUGACUUCAUUCUCCUGGGGAUCUUUGAUCACAGUCCCACUCACAACUUCCUCUUCUCUCUGGUUCUGGGCAUCUUCACAGUGGCCUUCAUGGGAAAUAUUGCAUUGAUUCUACUUAUCUACCUGGACUCGCAACUCCACAGCCCCAUGUAUUUUCUUCUCAGCCAACUCUCUUUCAUGGACCUUAUGCUCAUCUGCACCACAGUACCCAAGAUGGCCCUCAACUAUUUAUCUGGAAGGAAAUCUAUCUCUGUGGCAGGUUGUGGAAUGCAGAUAUUUUUCUACGUGUCCCUGCUUGGAGCUGAAUGUUUUUUGUUGGCUGUUAUGGCCUAUGACCGGUAUGUUGCCAUUUGUCAUCCAUUAAGAUACCCAAUUCUCAUGAGCAAGAAAAUCUGUGGGCUCAUGGCUGCCUCUUCAUGGAUUCUUGGAUCUUUUGAUGGUAUAAUUGAAGUUGCAGUUGCCUUGUCCUUCUCAUAUUGCCGUGGUCGGGAAAUUCCCCACUUCUUCUGUGAUGUUCCCGCCCUUCUCACUCUCUCAUGUAAUGACACCUCAACAUUUGAAAGGAUGAUAUUUAUCUGCUGUGUCAUCAUGCUUCUCUUUCCUGUAGUGAUCAUCAUGGCUUCCUACACUCGUGUGCUUCUGGCUGUAAUUAGCAUGGGUUCGGGAGAAGGUCGUCGCAAGGCAUUUGCCACCUGUUCCUCCCACCUCAUGGUAGUGGGACUGUACUAUGGAGCAGCCAUGUUCAUAUACAUGCGGCCUACUUCAGAUCGAUCUCCAGCUCAGGAUAAAAUGGUGUCAGCCUUCUACACCAUCCUAACUCCAAUGCUGAACCCUCUCAUUUACAGCUUCCGUAACAAAGAAGUAGUCAGAGCACUCAUGAAGUUAUUAGGGAAGGGAAAACCUGAAGAUUAG